AGACCUCGUUUCAUUUUCUAUUAAUAGCAGUGGGGGAUCAGCCAUGUAGAAAAGCCGACAGGGCACAGAACAAGUACUUUUAUGGGGAAAAAAAACUGAGCGUGGAAAAUAGGUGGCUUGGUUAUUUUGCAAAUGUCCACAUAUUCGGGUAGUGUUUUCUUACAGCGAAUACCUUGCCGAUGAUGACUGGUUCCUAAGAAAUGAAUAUUAACCAGAGCACACUUGACAUUGAGAUCUUUUCACUCCUGUUAUGGAUGGUUGCUGCCGACCAUGAGCUCCAGUGUAAGGCUAAACUUGUCUAUCAGGUCAGCUCCUCACGUCACCGUGUUGAUCUUUGAAGCAGAGCUAUAUUAAGGAGAGAUUAGACGAACAAAGGGAAGGAUUUCUUCUGGCUGCGGGCAGGAACGCACAUUUUGUGACAUAUUUUGUGGAGCGGGACAUUGCCCAAGUUUCAGAACUGCGCUGUGUCCAACUGGAGAAGGCACAACGUGAGCUGGAGCGACAACUAUCUGGCCUGUCAGACCGUUUGGAAGAAGGGGAGGUCCGUUCAACUCAGCUGGCUCUCCACAGAGACAGGAUGGAGGAAGAAUGUAACAGCCUCAGACAAGACUUGGACCAGUUGGAGGGUGCCCUGAUUGCGUGUGAGCGGGAUAAAGAGCAAGCUAUGGAGGACCUGCACAGCGAGGAGGAGAAGGUGGAUCUAUUGACACAAGAGAAAAUGCAACUACAGAAACAGGUGGAAGAUCUGGAGUAUCAGCUGGAGCAGGAGCGCUAUCAGCGUGAAGAGCUGGAGAAGAACAGUGGGAAGGUGGAAGGCGACAACCCAUGCGCUCAGGAGACUUUGGAAGCAGCGGACAAGACAAGGAAUGGCCCAGAAGAGAUCAUCAAAAGGAUGGACAUGGAGAUAAGCAGUACCCGCUCCAAGCUUGAAGCUGAAGAGGCUCUCCGCAGUGGACUGCAGAAGAAGAGCAAAGAACUGCAGGCCCGCAUUGAGGAGCUUGAGGAGGAGCUGGAAGCUGAACGGGCCAUAAGAUCAAAGGUGGAGAAACAGAGAGCAGAUUUAGGCAGGGAACUCGAAGAACUCACAGAUCGACUGGAGGAAGCAGGCGGCGUCACCGCCUCACAGAUGGAGAUGAACAAGAAGCGAGAAGCGGAGCUCCAACGUCUGAGACGAGACCUGGAAGAGUCAUCUAUCCAGUCAGAGACUCUUGCUGCAACCAUGAGAAAACGCCAUGGCGAUGUCAUUGCGGAGCUAAGUGAGCAGUGUGAGGCUCUCCAGAGGACCAGGGCCAAAUUGGAAAAGGAGAAGCAGAACUUGAGAAUGGAAGUCGACGAUCUGUCCACUUCACUGGAAGGUCUACAGAAAGCCAAGAUGUCCUCAGAUAGCCAGAUGAAGAAAUUGGAGGAGCAACUCUACGAGGCCAACAGGAGAGGAGAUGACCAACAGAGGACACUCACUGAGCUCACUGUGGCCAAGAACAGACUCACAGCCGAUAACACAGACACAAGUCGACGACUGGCGGAGGCUGAGAACAAAUCCGGCCAGCUGAGUCGGACCAAGUCUCUCCUCCAAUCUCAGCUUGAGGAACUGAAGAAACAGCUGGACGAGGAGGUCAAAUGUAAGCAGGCGCUCGGCGCGAGUCUGGGCUCGGUUCGGCAGGAGUGCGAGGGGCUCAAGGAGCAACUCGAGGAGGAGCAGGAGAGCAAACAAGAGCUGCAGCGGCUCGUCUCCAAACUCAACAGCGAGGUGACGCACUUGAGGACCAAACACGAGGCGGACUCCAUCCAGUAUGCCGACGAACUGGAGGAAACCAAGAAAAAACUGGUACUGCGGCUGCAAGAGGCAGAGGAGGCAGCGGAGGCCACGCAAGCGAAAUGCUCCUCUCUGGAGAAAACCAAACAGAGGCUCCAAGGGGAGGUGGAGGAACUGUGCAUGGACCUGGAGAAGGCGAGCGGAUGUGGACAGGCUCUUGAUAAAAAGCAACGGCUUUUAGAAAAGCAACUGGGAGACUGGAAGCAGAAAUGCGAGGAGCUGGUAGCCGAGGUGGAGGGCUGUCAAAAGGAGAGCAGGCAACACGCGGGCGAGCUUUUCAAACUGAAGACGGUACAUGAAGAGUCUUUGGAGCAGCUGGAAGCUCUACGAAGGGAGAACAAGGUCUACCAAGAGGAGAUUGCGGAUCUCACGGACCAGCUCUCAGAUGGAGGCAAGAGUGUCCAUGAGCUCCAGAAGGCCAAGAAAAAGAUCGAGAUGGAGAAAGAAGAAUUACAGGCUUCGCUGGAAGAGUCCGAGGCGGCUUUAGAGGCUGAGGAAACCAAGUUACUGAGGUUGCAGCUGGAGUUAUCUCAGACAAAAUCAGAUCUGGAGCGCAGACUUCAAGAAAAGGAGGAAGAGAUUGAUGCUGCUCGAAAAAGCCACCAGAGGGCGCUGGAAUCACUGCAGGCCACUUUGGAUGUGGAGAUUAAAGGUCGCAUGGAGGGAGCAAAGCUCAAAAAGAAACUCGAGGCUGAUGUGGCUGAAAUGGAGCUUCAAGUGGAUCUCCUCACUAAGAGCAACACUGAGUUCACCAAGAGCAGUAAAAAGACUCAGCAACAGAUCAAGGAGCUCCAGGCUCAGCUUGAAGAGGAGGUGAGGGCCCGCGAGGAGCACAAGGACGAGAUGGCGGCCUUGGAGAGACGUUGUGCGCUACUGGUCAGUGACGGUGAAGAGACUCGUUCCGCCCUGGAGAAUACAGAGAGAGUUCGCAAAGCCUUGGAGGUGGAGUUGCAGGAUGCCAACGAAAAAUACAGCGAUCUCAACAACCAGUUCCAGUCGGUUCUGAGUGGGAGGAGGAAGCUGGAAGUGGAUAUCCAAGCUCUUCAGCAUGAGCAUGAUGAGCUCCAAGGAGAGCUGAGAGGAUCAAUCGACAAAUCCAAGAAGGCCAGCUGCGAGUUGGCCAGAGUGGGGGAGGAGCUACGCCUGGAGCAAGAGCACACCAUCCAUCUGGAGAAGGUGAAGAAAGGUCUCGAGGCUCAGGUGAAAGACAUGAGCGCCAAGCUGGAGGAGGCGGAGCAAAUGGCACUAAAAGGUGGCAAGAAGAUCAUCCAGAAAUUGGAAGGAAAGGUGAAAGAGUUGGAGCUCGAACUGGAGUCCGAGCAGAAGCGACACGGCGAGACGGUGAAGACUCUGCGGAAGAAUGAGCGCCGGCUCAAGGAACUUGUCUUCCAGUCUGAGGAGGACCAGAAGAACCAGCAGAGAAUGCAGGAGCUGGUGGAGAGGCUGCAGAACAAGAUGAGGGCCUACAAGAGACAAGUGGAAGAGGCUGAGGAGCAAGCCAACAUGAACUUGGCCAAAUACAGGAAGACGGUCCAUGAACUGGAUGACGCCGAGGAACGAGCUGACAUCGCCGAGUCGGCACUGACUAAGAUAAGGACCAAGAAGAGAGGCAGCUUCAGCAAGGGAUACUCCUCUGGUUACAGCACGCCGCAUCCCGGUCUGGUGCGGUCGGCCAGCUCCGUGGGCUCAGAGGGCCGAGGCGAGAAGAUGCUCAACGACGACGGCGAGUCCGUCAGCUCGCUCAUUCCGGCUUAUCUCAACUCUCUCAAGAAGCUGAUGAUUGACUAGAAAAGUUGAGUUUUCUACCGUGUGACGUCCAUCCCAUCCCCCCGAUGACAUUUGAAGAAAUGACGUUCAAAGCAGUAUGAAGUCUUGAGAGAGACGUAGGACUGAAAUUGUGUUUUUCUCCACUUUCACAUGAUGAACAAAACCCCGGCGUCGAGUUGCGCUCUCAUUAUUUUGACAUGAACAACACGUUUGUUUUAUUUUUUAAGCACACUUCAUCUUAUCCUGUACCUCCUAUAUGUAUUCAUAGUGAUAUUUAAUAGUGUGGUUAAACAAAUGAAAUCUUCUGCCGUAUUUCCUCAUGUGGUGGCCUUUGAUCUAAUACAGUGUGUUGUCCUCUUCACAUCAAUAACUAGACAAUAUAUAAUAAAAUAUGCCCGGCACUCUUUGUAUUUGAGUUAAAAAAAAAAAAAUUAAGAUGCACUUUAUACAUCAGUUGGAGACAAUUUGUCAGCAAGGAUGAUUUUGGUUUAAAAAUGCAAAGAAAGUAUCAUAACAUGAAUCCAGAAGUGAAUUUGUCGAGGCUGACGUAUUGAAUAUAAAAAAAAAGUAGCCAACCUGACAGGUGGUCAAUCAAUUAUUCAUUUAAAACUAUUAGCUGGGUACAAAGUGCUAUUUUAUUGUUAACUGAUUUAUAUGCAAUUUGCAUUUCCAUUCAUUGAUUUUUGUUGAUGUUGUUGUUGUUGUUGUAAACAUUACAUGCACAGCUAUUCAAUUUUUAUCAACAAUGCAGUCUAUCCAUCAAAAAAAAAAAAAUCUGUGUCAUGGGACUCACUCAUCACUCAAGGCUAAUAACAAAUAAAUUGCGCUUCUUGUAAAAUUUGAUAUACAGGUGCCACCCACGUGGGCAGCUAUGUUCUCUAAAAAUAUUGAAUAACAUUGUUGUCUUUUGUUUUUAAGCACAUCCUAUGACUGCCCUUGACUGUAACAAAGCUUGAGCAAACCAUUUUAUUUUUUGAAUGUGAAAUGUUGUUUUUGGAAAUAAAAAGAUGUACUUUGAGUUGUUAAUUUCAUCACCUAUCAAUCUGACUUUGGUGCUUUACUGUUUGAGACUAGAAACAGGAGACCUCGGACCUCAGACAAUUAAUUUUGAGCCAUAUCGUGAAAUUUUGGGUUGGUAUUAAAAAGAAAAAAAGUCUUUACAUCUUUGUACCCGUGAAUUUUGAACAAAGUGAUAUUCCUUGAAAACCAACAUAAAAUAUAGCUUGAAAAGAUGACAACAUUAAUGAAUAAGAAAGUAAAGCAAUCAUAUAUUAAAAGAAUCGCAAUUAAA